ACAAUUAUUCUCGAUUUAGUACUGACCGUACUGAAGCCUCGACACAGUACGCACGUCACCACUUUACCGCAGUAAAACACCUUGGUGACCGCAUAAACUCGCUUCGGGUGCACGUUGAAGAUUCUCCGGCUAGCUUCCCUUAGCUGACUAGCCGCUAACGGAGACACGUCUGUUUUCGAUGUACCGACAAGCAAGACCAAGUCGAGUGCAAAGUGUGGCGAUUAUGGUGUGAAAAUGUGUGAAAAUAGCGUGAAAGAAGAGGAGUACGAGGAGAAACUUUGUCGAACAAAAGAGGAGAAGGAGCGACAGCUUCAACUCCUGGAAGCUGUUUUCAAGAAUCCUCGCGUUGUGUUGCACAGAGCAGUUGUGAGUCCUGACCUCUAUCCUGAGCAGCAGGAGUGGAGCUCCAAGGCGGAACAGCAGGAGCCAGAGCCCCCCCGCAUCAAAGACGAAGAUGAGCCACAGCCCACCCAUGUUAAAGAAGAAGUGACGCUGGAGCUCCCUCGCUUUAAAGAAGAAGUAAAGGAGGGGGAGGAGCCACAGGCCCCCUGUCUAGAAGAAGAAGAGCGAGUGGCUGAAAUCCCCACGUCUCCUUUGACUGGUGUCAACAAGUACAAUUUCGCAAAACUGGACUACCAAUCGAAAUGGAAUCUAAUUCACAAAGGUAGACCGACCCCAGAGCUUAAAGAUCUGCUUCAAACCACAGGUCCGAAAGUAACCCGCUCGUUUCAAGCCGAGUGGUACAACCGUAAGGACUGGCUGUGUGGCUGCCCUGUCAGAAACCGACUUUUCUGUUUCCCCUGCUUGCUGUUCUCCACCUGUGAAAAUGUGUGGACAAAAAUUGGAUAUUGUGACAUGAAAAACUUACCAAGAAGCCUCACCAAACACGAAAGAUCUACUUCCCACAUUCAAAGCCAAAUUGCUUUGAAAACGUUCGGGACAACGAGGAUAGAUUUGGCUCUGGAUGAGCAGCAGAGACUUAAUGCUAGCAUCCACAAUGCUAAAGUAAAAGAAAAUCGAGAGGUUUUAAAAUAUCUUAUCGCUAUAACCUGCUUCUUUGCUGAACAGGAUCUGACAUUUCACAGUAACGAUGAAAAUGCAAGCUGUUCUAAUCAUGGCAACUACGUGGAACUUUUACAUGCUUUUGCUGAGAAAGAUGCAAAAUUAGCAAGACUUUUGGAGACAUCUGCUUUGUUUUCUGCCUUGUCAAAGAGAAUAGAGAAUGAUUUAAUUGAAGCAGUAGCUGAUGUCAUCAGAAAUGAUAUUAAAAAGGAGAUUAAUGCGGCACCUUUUGUGGCCGUACAAGUAGACGAGACAACGGACGUCUCAAACAAAGCGCACAUUUCUGUCAUUGUGCGCUAUGUGACUCAAAGUGAUGUCGCCUGUAAAGUGAAGGAGGCGCUUUUGGGGUUGGAUGAUGUGAGUGAUGACAGACGAGUUCCUACUAUAGCUGAAUAUGUCUUAGGGGUGUUAGAUAAAUACGACUGUGUCGAAAAGCUUGUCGCUCAGUCUUACGACGGGGCUGCUGUGAUGUCAUCAGAGCUGAAUCCGGUGAAGGAGAAAAUCAAAGAAAAGGUACCCGAAGCUAUGUUGACCCACUGUUGGGCGCACAACCUCAAUCUGGUGUUGUUGCAUUCAGCAAAAUGGAUGCCUGUGUGUAGAGCGUUCUUUAAAACCCUGGCGGGACUUGGGACAUUUUUUAGUCAGUCCACAAAGCGCAGCAGUUUACUGGAUGACGUUGUGAAGCGGCGUUUACCGAGGGCGGCGCCCACGCGGUGGAGCUCCAAUUCCAGACUGUUACGAGCGAUUAGCAUGUAUCAAGCUGAUGUGCGUGCUGUAUUCCGCAUCAUGAGUGAAAAUCCUGACAGCUGGGAUAAUGACACUCUAAUGAUGGCUUCUGGAUAUGAUCAAUGGCUAUCAAAAGCCUCGACAUGCUUUUUAAUUAUGGUUUCCGAGGGUAUUUUUGAUGAAAUCGAUGCACUUGUAAGUGCGCUUGAAAACAAAGUGAUGGACAUGGGACAUUGUUGUGCGCGAAUCCAGGACACAAUGGAAGUAUUUGAACACAUGAGCCUUGAGUUUCACACUUUCUACGAGCGAUUUGAGCAGAAAUGUGCCACGCUGGGCCUGGCAGACAGUGAAAGUCCAACAGGUAAACGCUCAGUCAGAGAGGAGAGGAAACAAAUAUAUUAUAACAUUCUAGACAAUGUCACUUUUCAAAUGCGAAGUAGAUUUGGUCAUUUUGACCAGCUUGCAUUCUUCGGCUUAGUUGAUUGCUCCAAAUUUUCAAAAAUGUCCCGACAUUUUGAGGACGCCAAACUGCAGAGCCUAUUGAACUAUGCCAGGUUCUUUGAUUUUGUGAGACUAAAGGCCGAUCUCAUCGGACUGUACAGCUCACAUAUAGUGAGGAACGAAUGCAAAACUCCCGGGCAGCUUCUCAGCUUUUUGACAGAAAAGGAUUUGAUUCAGACCGUACCGGAGGCUACCAAAUUACUUCAGCUUGCGCUCACUGUGCCAGCUACAACAUUGUCAGUGGAAAGCUCAACCUCGGCAUUGAAAAGACUCAAACUAUUCUUCCAGAAUAGGACCGAUCGAGGAAAUCUUUCUGCACUUGCAAUAGUCUCGGUUGAGAAGAAGAGACUUUUGAAGCUCAAAGAACGAAAGGAGGACUUUUACAAUAAAGUAACGGAGAGUUUUGUUCAGAUGGAGAGGCGCGUGGACUUCAUCUACAUGUGAGGCGAUCCCUUGCAGUCGGACAAAUGUGGAGCAUUUUUGCAAAGAAGAGUGGGCAAAUACUGCCCAAACAAAAUAUGCCGUGACAAAAGCCAAAUGAGCUGCAAUAAAGUAUUACUUUAAGGGUGUGCCUAUUGAUGUAACCAGGUUGUUGUACAUUUUUGGAUUUUUUUUUUCCCCUGAAAAGAUUUCAAUUUGUUUUUAAUUACAGUAAAUUGUACAGGUUACAUGAAAUGUGGAGAAAGGUUUUUUCAAACAUAGAUGUUGGUCUCAUUUUUUAUUUUAUUUUAAUUUUUUUCCCAUCACAAACACCUGCCAUUUGAACAGGGGGGUUGUAAACUCAUAUGGAUCGUACGUCUAUGUGGGCGGAGCUGCUUAGUCCAGGACGUUAACCCAGUGGCGUCGCUACGUCUAUGAAAAUGUUGUCUAGCCCCCUGAAAAGUAUUUAGUGUUAUGUAGUUAGGCCCAAGUUUUAGUGUCUUAGCACCCCUAAAAGCAAUCUCAAGCCCCCCCUAAACGAUUUAGUACCAGCCACACAAUAUACGAUGAAGCGUACCGCGCACGCAAAACCGUUUUUCACGGAUUGAUAAAUUCCAUCCGCAACCCUCCACCUCACCCCGUCGACUAUUUCGUUUCCCGGGAUGGAAAAGUGCAAUCAAGCACCCCCUUCGACAAAUAAUUUUUUUGGGGGGGGGCUAAAGCCACUCGCCUCAAUCGAUCAAUCCUAGCAACGCCCAUGAGUUAACCUAUAAUUAUAAGGGCAGUGUUCCUGCAUUAUGUCAAUUGAUCAUCAAGCAACUAUGUCCUAUUGGUAUGUCUACGACGAGUGAAUUAACACGUCAUGCAUGCAUGUUGCCGAGGCACCUUUUUAAUAUCUCAUAACACGCUUUUUUUCCGAGUUGCGUUUGACGCAUCAUGAAAAGUUGCUUCGCAGAUGAGUCGGAUGCUGCGUGCUGGUUAUGGCAAAAAAAAAAAGAGUCGAUAUAUUUUUUUAAAUUAUUAAAUGUACUGUCUUUGAGCUAAGUAUGUGUUGCUAAAAGCAAGUCUCAAAACCUUGAAAUUGUGCUCCUAUAUUUAUUUUCUAUUUAUUAAUUUUAUUUUAUUUUCUGACCGAUGUCAUGCUUUCAAUUUGUUUUUGGUUAUCCUCGUAUUUUGUUGUUUAUAUAUAUUUGUCCAUUUUGUUGAAGGUAUCGCAAAUAAUUGUAGGCUUUGCCAAGUUGUUAAAUAAGAUUGGUUUAAAAAAACAAACUUAUUUACACUACAGCAGUACUUACGGUUUGGCCAACCACACGCGUUUCUAUAAUUAUUGGUGCACGUACUGGAGCGUCGACGCAGGACCCCAUCACGACUUUACUGAAGUAAAACAUAAUUAAAUCUUCGUGUAAACGCUGCACACUGAAGUAAGCUAUCUUAGCUUCGUUUAGCUUAGCUUGCUAGCUGCUAACGCCACACAUUGCCAAGUAGAGAUCAAGUGUGCGUGUAAAGCGAUGAGAUUAUCGUGCAAAAUGUGUGCAAAAAGUGUGAAGGAAGAGUACGUGGAGGGCAUUUAUGGAACAGACGAGGACCGCGGGCGACAACGUCAAACGGACGCCGUUUUCAAAAAGCCUCGAGUUGUGUCACACGGAGCAGGUUUGUAUACUUAUUUACGAUCACUUUUUUUGAAUAACCGCUUUCUAGAUGUAUUCCCGUGUUAGUUGAGUGCUUUUGACUUAUUUCCCAAUUCGGUCAAUCCAGAAUUGGGAAAACAAAUAUUCAAUUUCCGAUUUUAAUCCCCUUGUAAGGAGAAGCGGCUCAGAAAAUAGAUGGAUGGCGAGGUAGACGCACCAUAGGUCUGAAAGAUGUCAGGAGAGGGUUGAUGCCCUCCAGGUUACAUCCCAACACCCAAGGGGCAGAUGCGGGAACUUGUGAGGAUCAGCGGCUCAGAAAAUGCAUGGAUGGAUGGACCAUUUGCGCUAUGCGGGCUCACUCUAGUGGUGGAUGAAGAAACAAAUGGUCAAACUGCAUAAUUUCACACUGGAUUCAAUUUGAUCAUAAUACAGUAAGUACACUGUAUUUGUUAAGUACAGUUCAGUUGUAUUUAACUUUUAAGUACAAUAAAGUACAAUAAACUGUUUUCAAACAUUUAUGUAGGUACUUUUGUAUUUUGUUUUUACUUUUGUGCAAUGCAUUUUAUUUGAAUCAUUAAGUACAUUUAUUUUUUCAAAUAUAGUAAAAAUUAUUUGUGCGUAUUGCAGCCUUGUUUUCUUUCCUCCUGAAGCUCCUUUGAUAACGCAUCGAGUUUGAGUCCACAAUGUCAAUCACCUUCACAAACAUCUGAAGUCCUAUUGUUGUUGUAACAGUGCCAUGAACAUCUCCUUUACUCAUUAGCCUGAGUUUGAGUUUCACUCCUGCCUUUUGUGCUUUUAGUGGCCUCUUUGGGAAUGGAAUAUCUUGCAAACAGUGUUUUGCUUAUGACCUCGGUCACUGGUAGUUAUUAUUAGCCAAGCUAGCACCACUAGCUUUGGGCAAAAGUGACAACUCGCAUCAGUCGACGUCAUCUCCUUUCAUACUCGCCGCUGAAUCCGUGCGCUAGAACAAGCUUUGCCACUUCCAAUUACCUGUCUAAAUAAAGACACAAAAGGACACUUGACAGAAGUGCUUUUCUUCUCGUUUCCUGCAGACAUGAAUGACGAAUAUCUUUGUCCUGAGCAGCAGGAGCAAGAGCCCCCUGAUACUAAAGAGGAGGAGGAGAUCCACAACAUUAAAGAGGAAGAGCAGGAGGUUGAUAUCACCAAGUUUCCAUUGAUUGGAGUUGUUAUGAAGAGUGAAGAUAAUGAAGACCAAGGUCACUGGUCACUGCUUCAUCCCAGUAAAAGUGAGGAGAACAGAGGGGCGGAGCUUCCAAGCAGCAGUUCAAGUCAAUACAUGAAAACUGAAGGCGAUGCAGACCACUGUGGAGGAUCACAAGCAGAUAGCGUCUUAGCGCCACAGUCUGAGUUUGAUGACAUAACGUCACACUCUUCUGACACUGACACUGCUGAUGAUGAAGAUGAUAUGACAAAUUACACUGACCACACAGAUGAGAAAUGCUCGCAUUGUGGGAAAACAUUUAGUUCAAAGUGGAAUAUGAAAGUUCACAUGAGAAGUCAUAGAGGAGAGAAGACUUUCAGCUGUUCAGAUUGCGGUAAAAGGUUCUCUGUAAAACAUAGUUUAAUAAGUCACGCAAGAACACACACUGGAGAAAAACCUUUUACCUGCUCAAUUUGUGGUCAAAGAUUAGCUGAGAACCGAUAUUUGAACAGACACAUAAGAACACACACUGGAGGGAAAGCUUUUGCCAGGUCAGCCAGCAAUAAAAGUUCCAGGACAAGCUCAGAUUUGAUUAUACACACAAGAGCGCACAACGGAGAGAAACCUUUUGCCUGCUCAGUAUGCAAUAAAACAUUCACUCAUAAGGGAAGUUUGACUUCACACACAAGAACACACACUGGAGAGAAACCUUUUGCCUGCUCAGUUUGUGGCAAAAGAUUUAAUCGACCAUGGCAGUUAAAAUUACACACAAGAACCCACACUGGUGAGAAACCCUAUUCCUGCUCAGUGUGUGGUAAAAGAUUUACCGUAAAGGGACAUUUAGUAACACACACAAGAAUACACACUGGUGAGAAACCUUUUGCCUGUCCAUUGUGUGAUAAACGCUAUUCUAGAAGGGGAUCUUUAAAAAUACACACAAUGACACACACACGGGCGGAAAAACUUGUGCCUGUUCAGUUUGUUAUACUAGAUUCCCUUAUAGGUCAUAUUUGAACCAACAUAAGACCAGACAGUGGACAGAAAUCUUUUAACUGCUCAGUUUGGGGUAGAAGAGUCACACAGACGGUACCUUUGGAACAAUGCACAAGACUACACACUGGAGAGAAACCUUUUGCCUGUUCAAUCUUUCCCCAUGUUUCAGUGUAUAUUUGGGAUUGUUUAAAUACAUAAACACACACACUUUAGACACCUUUUAAAAUGACACACACUCUUUCAGUUACAAAGUGAUGUCAGAAAAUUGGACUGAGAGGUGCUCGGAGAAACGAGUUCCCUCUGAACCUUUGGAAAGAAGGACUUCAUGACAACUGACACAUUCACACAAAAGACCUCAAUUUCACCACAGCUCAAGAAAGAAACAGAACAGAAGCCUUGAAUUUUAAAUUAGCUUCCUUGGCAAGCGGAAUGAGGUAAUUUUUUUUGUGUUUAUAUGUCAACAGUUGUAUGUUGUACAGUUGUUCAGUAUUUUGUCCUGAUCAUUGACCUGAUAUCAUGUCCAUUUGU